AUGCUCUAUCCCGCGCACCAAGCAAAUUCCUCACAACUGCUGCAGCCAUCUCAGCAUCAAACAGACUCAUUGCCAUUCCAGGCCAUCGCUACUUUGGCUUUCAAGUUUGGCAUGUACAUUCGCCUGGUGAUCAACUCCUCUGGUAUACGGGAUCGCCUCUCGAAUUUCAGGGUUUCUUCGUGGGCUUUGGUUGAAGGGAAGAUGCUUUGGGACGCAAGGGGCGGGCACGGUGUGAAAGGAGCUGUGUGGAUAGAAGACAAGGAGAAAGCGCUCGAUUCGGUUGAAGAUGAACGUCGAGGCAGCACCAUAUCGCGUGAUCGCAAGUCGUUUUGGUACACUUUGCAACAAGUCCCGUUCAGUCCAACUCUGCUUUCCCUUGACCUUUGUGUAGGUCCUUUGACCACCAUUCCCGUCACCAUUGUCGUACAAUCUGUUUUCACCAACGCUGUAACAGCCAUCCUUUGUUUUUGCACACUCGGCGGCAUCGCAACAGCCUUCAUCGCCACCCUCGGUCCCAUAACCGGUCUCCGCACAAUGAUCAUCGCCGCACCAUCUAUUCAAUUCUCAAUACCCUCACCCACUGCGCGGAUUGCAUUCCAUACUCACAUCAUCUCGCUGAUCUCAUAUAGGCUCGGCUUUUCCACAACAGCAGUCAUCCUCGGGGGCCAAACGCUCGCCAACAUCAACUCUAGCACCCUUCCCCUCGUCGUUGGCAUCAUUAUCACCAGCAUGUGUUACCUUAUCCCGUGCUUCAUCGGGUACGACAUAGUACACGUCUAUGAACGCUACCCAUGGAUAAUUAUCAGCACCAACACGUUUUUCCUGUGGGGUCUCGGUGGUAAAGCCGGAUCAAUGCGCAAAAACCACUCGAGGACAAGGGAUGCGUUCCCUCAGCUGCGUUUAAAGUUGAGUUGGAACCUCGAGGAUCCGCACCGCUCAACACAGCCUGACUCAGAAGCGCUUAUCAUACCCUUUAAGAGGGCGAUUUUGGGUUCCUUUUCUUUACUUUCAUCCACCAUCAUGGAUGGGUCGUAUAGACCGCCAAAGUUGUUCUCAGCUGACGCCAGCAGUAACACCUUCCAAGAUACACAGCCAUUAAACCAGAAGGCAAACAAAGGGAAAGGUGUCGAUCGACCAUUCGAUAACGGUAAUCAGAAUUGGGAUCGUUUUGCCCGGGGCUCAUAUUCCCGUGCAUCUACCCCCUCGAUCAUGAUCGACGAGAUGGACGAUGAUGAUGAGCCCUUUGCAUCACAAGCAUUUUCAUCGAAAGGCGGUCAAACUGAUCUAACACUCACUGCCGUCAGUUCUGAGGACUCAGACGACGACAUGUAUCACUCCGUAAAAUCCAAUGAUGACAAUAUGGACGUGGAAGCCUCCCCUCCGCAUAAUGAUGCUCGUGACCUCGUCCAAUCGAUAAAUGGGAUGUAUCGGGUCCUGGACUUGAUCAGUGAACAAGGAAGCGGUGGCCUAGUGGACAAAAUUAUUAUAGCGCAAGAUUCACUCCGUGCAUUCACCAAUACUAUCUGUCCCGGCGCAUAUGUAUCCAUGACGAAAGUAAAUUUCAGCGCGCUGGAUGGCUUAAGAGUGAAGCCCGUUGGCGUUUAUGGGAGCAAAGAUGAAAUAGUGCGGCUCUUGUCGUCUCUAGGUCUUGUCGACGACCACAUUGCAGCACAGCUUGUUGCGAACCACAGCGAAUACAGUGUUUCCAAACCAAGCCUUCGUUCUGGACUUUACAUUGUCCGAACGACUUGUGAAGCUACCUCCGACGAACAACUGUUCCUCGUCUACUGGCCUGAAGAUGGCACUUGGGAUGAUUCAGCUCCUUCCUCCAUCAAACGUAACCGCGUCACAUUCAUGCGAUACCUCACGAAGAUGUGUGACCAGGUCACGGCACUCGUCUCCCCUAAGCAUUCUCGCUCUAUUGUAUGGAGUGAACAGGAAGACAAAGACACCUCGAUGGAAAUGGAAGAAGACCAAGACGAGUCCGAUAGAAUGUUCACGUUUGAAGUGACGAAAACACACGAGCAGGAAGAAGCCGUAAAGCCGCGUCCUGGAUUCAAGGCUACUUCCGAUCAUAUAACUAUGCCCCAGCCUCACGCAGAGGCAACAAUGGACGUUGGACUGCAUAAGCCUUGGUUAUUGCACGGCGAGAUUACUCAAGGGUUCAUGACAAUCAACUAUCUGCCGGCCAGCCCGAUCAUCGAGGUGUCGAAGCGCAAGUCCAUCACUCGCCUCCAGUUAGGUGAUUGCUUGAAAAACGACAGCUUACGGUUGAACGAGGAUCUGGAUGCCAAUGCACUGCGUCUUUUGAUGGACGCAGGUCUUCAUAAUCGCUUCCCGCAACGGUGCAACCAAUUGCAGAAGGAGUCUGCCGAUAUUUCAUCGAAUGCUAGGGCAACCAAGAGAUCGACAGAGGCCGACGUCAAGAUGACGUUGGAGAAGGACUCGCCCCGUCUCACUCGCAUUUUUCACAAGGCAUUGGUUGACGAUAUCAUCGGGAAAUUUCCGCGAGUAUUCCUUCACUUUCCUCUCGUUGAGCGGGGCAACCCUGUGGCUCAAGAUCCGGUUGAACCAGCUAUUGCCCCUUCUUCACCCACUGACGACUCUCCACUUCACUCCAUAGAAAGUGGGCAGGAUAGCUCUGAGGUCCAAGUAACGGGUCAUCCAGAUCAACUUCUUACUGUAAUUGAGCUAUAUCCAGAAAUAGGGGAAGAGCUUCAUCGCACAUUGAAAAAGCUGCGCUUCGAGAAGAUUUGCAAUCGCGAUUUCAGAGGCUUUAAGGAACGUGUCUGUAUCGCCCAAAGUUUACUUCAUCAAGUUCCCGACCUCGCGACGAAAGACGAAGACUUCUUCAAUGUCAUUUUACACGAGGACAUGAAACACGUCAAGGAGUCAGUGAGAUUAAUAGGAAAGGGUGUCAAUCCGCGUGAGCAGCCAAAGGGAUUGCUGAAGACAGCAAUGGAUGGUAUCAAUUCCUUCAUCUCGUCUGGACCAGGUUCUCAGUUCGUCGAUAAGACGUUCAAAGAUGCAGAGGUUACUGCAUCUACGGUCAGUGAUGCUCAGUUCCUCGUCGAGUUGGAUGACAUCGAAAAGUUCCCCGUCAUGAAAAAAGUCGUGGGAGAUACCAGGGAUGCUGCAUUGGCGCACUUCCGAUCACUUCUAACGAAGCAAACGACAAAUUUGACUCAUUCUGCGCUGCAUAUCCAAAUCGACAAAUGUCUGGCCAAGGUUCAAAAGGAAGCGGACAGCAGCGAAGAGCAACAACUGGUCGAAUCACGAAAGAGGUUCAUCGCUGAAAUCAAUGCCCAUUCACAGACAGGUCAUUAUUCGCACACCUUUAUCAUCGAUGCCAUCGAGGAAGGACGAAACUAUUACUAUGCGACGCCUUCAAUGCAAAUAACUGGUUCAAGGGAAUCUUUCGAGGAGCCAAAGCUGAAAUUCACGGUUCACCUGAUGCAAUUGACAGCGCAAGAUCUACAUUCCUUACAGUUCGAUUCUACUACGAUUCCUUCACCGAAGUUUAGGAAUUCAUACUCGUUCAAGUUACCCGUCGGUGAUUCAGUGGUGAGAGCGCAACUUCUUCCAGGCGAGAAAAUCUUGCUUGCGACGACUGAUCGGUUUGGAAACCUGACGGUCUACAUGGAACACCUCACUGCUAUCGAGGGCGCCGUGGCUCACGGCGGUCGCGGGAAAAAGCUGCACCGUGAUAAAAUCGGCGAAUUCGUUCUCGCUUUCGAUGAGUCAAAGCGUGUGCUCAGUGUUGUUGCCAAAGAUAAGCUCUUGUUACACAUCUUUGUUUACGAUGACACUCGCAGUUUCCAAGCCAGCGGCAGUGCGAUCAAUUUGACUCAGUGGUAUACUGAAGGAACCUCCAUUAUUCAUGCUUGUUUCAUCUGCGGCAGCGAAGAACUGCUGCUCGUUGAUACAUCCGCGCAGGCGAGAGUCUACUCUCUGACGACAAUGCAGUUCAGACCUGCGACACUCAAUCUCAUCCAGAUUCCAACGGCAGUUUACUCGACUCCAGAUGGCUCUUGCUUAAUCACGGCUCACGCCCGUGGAUCUGACUUGACACUAACCGCUUACCAUUGGAGCACCUUCGGCUCAACGGAUGGCAUCCCGCUCGAGAUCCCUGAUCUUCCAUUGGACCAGCCACUGCUUCUAACGUCACUACAUAGCCGGAAUAUCGUGCAUUUGGUCACACUCGACAUUGACACUCAAUCAUGUCGAUCAAUUGCUCUCGACAUCACGCGGAAAGUGACAGAGUUUACCUUCAAAGAAAAGGGUACUCGAGGAGGGAAUAGAAAUUCUGGAAACAUCGCUGCGCACAACUGUCUCAUUGAUUGUCACGCCGAGGUGUGGACUCGCUUCCCGGUUCUUCCUGCCGUUCAGCGGGAAACGAUCACGUCGUCCAGUAACAGGUCUCAGCGAACAUUGGUAUUCAUUACGGAUCGGGACCAUCACCUAUUUGUGCCCCACUUCCAUGAUCUUGUUUCAAACUUUGAAAGGACGUCAAAGAAGCCAACCGGAAAUCUUCUGAAGUCAAUGGUUGUCUCCGCAACGACAUACUCCGCCUUUUUCAACAGGCUUCUUGGAGGUGCGGAGUGGAGCAUUGCUGUGACCAAGGAGAACCGCUUCGUUCCACUGAAAGAUGGGGUAUAUUCUACCGAACUGGAGAAGUCCCUUCUCGGUGCAGAUGUCAACCGCAUUGUUAACUACGUGUCUUUUGGUUGGUACGAAUCUCUAUUCCAGUCAUACAUGGCCAGAAAGCCCGUCAAAGUUGUGUCAUCUAUGGGUGAACAAUCCGUGGGAAAAAGCUUUGCCUUAAAUCAUCUCGUGGACACGUCUUUCGCUGGAUCAGCAAUGCGCACCACAGAAGGAGUGUGGAUGUCGGUGACUCCAACGAAAGAUGCUCUCAUAGUCGCUUUGGACUUUGAAGGCAUGCUGAAUUAUCCCUUGCGACAUCAAGUGUUGAUAUGCUCACUCUACACAGGUGUUCAUAGUAUCGAGCGUUCCGCUCAAGAAGAUACCUUGCUUGUGCUGUUCAAUACUGCGAUCUCCAACUUGGUACUAUUCCGGAACAACUUCGCCUUGAGCCGCGAUAUUACUGGAUUAUUUCAGUCAUUCCAAUCGAGUUCUACUGUCCUAGAUCCAGCAGCCAACCCGAGUCUGUUUCAAUCAACAUUGGUGAUCAUCAUCAAGGAUGUCGUGGAUUCAGAUAAAGCAGAAAUCACUAAAGAGUUUUAUCUUAAGUUUCAGAAGAUAGUCCAAGACGAACAAGAAGCCAACUUCAUUUCUCGCCUCCACGCUGGACAGUUGAAUAUAGUCCCAUGGCCGGUGAUCGAGUCGCAAGAGUUCUACAAACUGUUCCCAAACCUUAAGCGUCGGUUGGACAAACAAAAACUGACACAUAAUACAGCAGGAGAGUUCCUUCAUGUGAUGAAGACGUUGAUGGCGAAACUGAAGGCAAAUGAUUGGGGCGCUCUCUCACAAUCGAUGGCCUCGCAUCGAGCACAACUUCUUCUCGCCCUGUUGCCCAAUGCUCUGGCAUUCGGACUGCAAGAGGUCGAUCCUGAACCGGAACCUUUGAAGAAUCUGGAUGACGAUGUCCCGAUUGACAUGCCAGAUACUGCUUCUGAAUUUUCAUUGGCGACUGGGGGUUCGCAACAAUCGUCUUUCCGCGAGGCCGCGCUGCAAGUCCUGUCUCGUGCGUGGGGAGACUAUGAUUCUCGCCAUUACGUCCCAGAAGAUGUUUGGAUUGAUAAUUUGACCACUCAUAUCGACAGCCUGGUCAAUUUGCGCAUUGACCAUGUUGGCGAAUGGAUAUCGUCGAACGUCUCUCGCUUCCAAAGCGGGCAAGCUAGCAUUGACGAGCUUAUGAGAACAGCAGAUUGCACGAUGGACAGCAUGAUUGCCAAACUUCUCAUGCUUGCAUACAUUCUUGCGAUUUCUGUGCUUCAUCUGGAGAGACCAAGGCUUGCUCGAUGUCAGCGGGACAUCCAGGCAAUCAUAUAUGUGUUGUUAAUGCGCAUCUUUGUGGUCAAAUUUGCAAACUCUCCGGGAGACAGGGAUGUCUGGAUGAGUGUUAUUGGGCACACAGAAGGCGAUCAUCUAUGUGCUGCUACUGUGCAUGCCUGCGGUCAGCCCUGCGAUCUCUCAAAGUUGACGUUGGUUGACGGUUCCACUCCGCCUUGCCGCGGUACUUGUGGCAUUCCAAGUGUGAUGCUCGACUUUGUUCUUUUCCUUGCCAACUUUGCAAGAGACUCUGUGCGAAUACAGACCAUCUUCAUGGCUUGCAAGACGACGCUAUUCAUCUCUGCGGGUUUGGAGGAGCAUUCGUGUUCCAAGCUAUGCACUGUCGAUGGCAUCUGCGAAAUCGAGACUGCGCCUCAAUCGAUCGAGGCGACGUUCACCGGAAGGCAUGAGACGUUCCAGUACACGAAGUACUCACAAGUGGCAAAACGACUGAGAUGUGUCAGGUUGAUACCGCCUGGAGUGGUGGCACAUAAAGGUCAUCCGCAACAAGAGCAUGAAACUAGACACGGAUCAAUGUCUUCGUCGCGAUGGGCAGUGGAUGGACCAGAUGAUACAGGUCUCGAGGUUGAAGGACAUCGCUUCUCUUCAAAUGAUGAGGGUGCACCGAUGAUGUGCAACCUUGUAUGUCAAGCAUUGGGCCGCCAUAUCCACAUUGACUACUGUCGUGCUCCGGAUGCCUCUGCUUGCAGAGGGAAUAAUGAGGUUCAGCAUAUUUCUAAGAGACUGGUGCCUAACCCGGAACGUGUCAAGGACUACGUGACGCACAAUCUCUUCUGGCGGCGAGCCGGCUUCAAAGACCCUUACUCUCGAGAGGAGCAGGCAAAUUUCGCCAAGUGUGACUCAAUGUGUAGCGGCCCCGAGCACACUGCUGCGGCGGGAAAUGCUGCUCAGCCAUCCUAUUGCACUUUGCCUCUGUUUCACCCACCGGUGGAUCCUAACAAUGCCCAAGUCGGUUUAGGAUACGUUUCCAACGACGGACAUCUAUUCACAUGCAGGAAUCCCGUGAUCAUGCAGCAAGCAUUCCAUGUAAUCUUUGUGGCCGAUAGAUCCGGCUCCAUGAGCUAUAAUGACAGACAUCCCCUUCCGAACACGCCUGCCUCGGACAGAAUUACGCGACGCUCUAACAACCGGUUCGGUGCGGUGCUGUCUUCGUUAUAUAGCUUCUGGUCAGCCCGUGCUGCAGCAGUUGGUGGCCAGCAAGCAGCUCGACGCGACUCAUACAGCGUUAUCCUUUUUGAGUCUUCGGUUACGGAAGUCUUCGUAAACGACUUCUCUAGUUCUCCUGACCAAUUACUAGAUACCGUGUUGCCUCAUUCAGCUCAUGGAGGUACAAACUUCACCGCUGCGGUUCAGGAAGCUCAAUUAGUCAUGGAACGACAUUGGAGCACAGAGAGGAGCCCUGUGAUGAUAUUCUUAUCGGAUGGCCAGUGCCAUAUCGCAGACCAGACUGUUCAAGAUUUGUGCCGCUCCGCCGUUCGUCUUGGGUUCGUGGAUGAUUUUCUUGUUGGAUUGUCAAGUCAUGACACACGAACUAGCAAAGCAUUGUCUUUUCAUGCAGUAUCAUUUGGUCCAGAUGGAUCUUCUACUUCCUUGCGGAGAAUGACUCAAAUUGCGCUUGACAUCCAAAACAAUGCCCCAAGAGAUCCUCUGGCCCCAGCGGCGGCAACAGUCGCAUCUUCAUACACGCAGGCCUUGGACACGAUCCAACUUGCCGAAACGUUCCUAGGAAUCGCAGAAUCGCUCAGAAAGCCGAGAGGGUCUCUCAUCCAUUGA